GGGAACUGGGAGUGAGGACACCUGGGUUCUCUCCCCAGCUCUCGGAAGGGACGUUCCCUUUGUUACCUGUCACCACCAGCUCUUCAUUUUCAUACCUCUGUUUACAAAACUGCCGGUGUAUCUGUAUGUCCCUCCCCUCAACUUUCCCUUUCCCAUUCAGGAUUCUGUCCCAGGUGCAUCUGGAGGAACAUGGGUCAUGAGAGGUCUAAGCUGCCUGCUGGCCAUUUGGCUGCUGCUGGAGCUGCCCAUGCUGGAAGCUUGUGAGCAGCCAAUGGGAUCUCCCUGCAUUGUGGGGGGUAAUGAUGCCAAGAAUGGGUCCUGGCCCUGGCAGGUCAGCAUCCGUGAAGGCAGUAACCAUGUCUGCGGAGGGUCCCUCAUUGCUGAGAGCUGGGUGGUGUCAGCAGCCCAUGGACAAGUCUGCCUAUCAUGUGAACCUAGGGGAAUAUCAGCUCCUGAACCCUCUGAAAGUCUGGUAUCUUUUCCCAUCAAGAAGAUUUACUGCCAUCCCAGCUACACUGAUAUCAGGUCCAGUGGUGACAUCGCACUGGUGGAGUUGGAAACCCCUGUGAACUUCAACAGAGUUAUCCACCCCAUCUGCCUUCCGGCCUCCCCACGGGCAUGGAGUGCUGGGUGACCAGCUGGGGUGACACUCAGUAUGGAGGGAGCCUGACAGCCCCCAAAACGCUGCAAGAGGUGCAGGUGCCCCUGAUAGACAAAGAGGCUUGCAACAGCCUCUUCGACACCGGCUC